AUGGCUGAAUUGCCAGUGUCGGAACGAAACACCGACCCAGCGCACUCCAAUGGGAGGUUCACUAUCAGCACCCUGAUCAGCACUGAGGACAACGGCAGGAUGCAUUAUGGGCAGACAGAUACGGCCCCCUACGACACCACCCAAGCCAACCACCUCACCACCAACAGCACUUUCUAUAUGCGGACCUUUGGCUACAAUACAAUCGACGUUGUGCCGGCUUAUGAACACUAUGCCAACACAAAGAUCACCAGCGAAACCAAGAAUCCCAGACCCACCCUUGCCGAUCUGCACUCAUUCCUCAAGCAAGAAAGUAUCCAUCUCCGCCCUCCAGCAUAUGAACUUCAUAGAGACGAUGGCCUUUCUGAAGGAGAGACUGAAGAAGGGGCCAGUGAUGGUGCCGAGAACCCCCAGGGCGAGCCUGUUCGUUUUGGGUGGGCUAAAGGGGUGAUGAUUCGGUGCAUGCUUAAUAUUUGGGGUGUCAUUCUUUACCUGCGGCUGCCGUGGAUCACUGCACAAGCAGGGAUAGCACUGACAUGGGUGAUCAUAAUGUUGUCUGUGACAGUGACCACCAUCACCGGGCUUUCAAUCUCAGCGAUUUCUACAAAUGGCAAAGUCAAAUCAGGUGGGACCUAUUUCCUUAUUUCCAGAAGCCUUGGGCCUGAGCUGGGAGGCUCUAUCGGCCUCAUCUUUGCUUUUGCCAAUGCAGUAGCUGUGGCCAUGCACACCGUGGGCUUUGCAGAAACAGUGCGGGACCUUCUUCAGGAAUACAAUUCUCCUAUCAUAGACCCCACAAAUGACAUCCGCAUUGUUGGAGUUAUCACCGUGACUGUGCUGCUCGGCAUUUCCUUGGCUGGAAUGGAAUGGGAAGCUAAGGCCCAGGUUCUCUUCUUCAUCGUCAUCAUGAUCUCCUUUGUAAACUAUGUUGUUGGGACAAUAAUUCCGGCAAGCGUGGAGAAGCAAGCAAAAGGAUUCUUCAGUUACAGAGCGGAUAUAUUUGCUCAAAACUUUGUGCCCCACUGGCGUGGGCCUGAUGGCAGCUUUUUUGGGUUGUUUUCAAUCUUUUUCCCAUCUGCUACUGGCAUCUUGGCAGGAGCCAACAUUUCAGGUGAUUUGAAGGAUCCUGCUAUAGCUAUUCCUAAAGGUACCCUCAUGGCUAUUUUCUGGACAACAAUAUCAUAUCUGGUUAUUUCUGCUACAAUUGGUGCUUGUGUGGUCCGGGAUGCAUCUGGAAAUGUGAAUGAUACCUUUCUCGUUGGAUCUCUGGGCUGUGAAGGAAUUGCUUGUGAUUAUGGAUGGAACUUCACAGAGUGCGCCCGAAGCCACAGCUGUCACUAUGGGCUCAUGAACUAUUACCAGACCAUGAGCAUGGUGUCUGGCUUUGCACCCUUGAUCACAGCUGGAAUCUUUGGGGCCACCCUCUCUUCUGCUUUGGCCUGCCUUGUUUCAGCACCCAAAGUCUUCCAGUGCCUGUGCAAGGAUCAACUCUAUCCUAUCAUUGGCUUUUUUGGGAAGGGAUAUGGAAAAAACAAUGAGCCUAUCAGGGGCUACAUGCUGACCUACAUUAUUGCAAUUGGGUUUAUUCUCAUUGCGGAACUGAAUGCUAUUGCCCCCAUCAUCUCCAAUUUCUUCUUGUGUUCCUAUGCUCUCAUCAACUUCAGCUGCUUCCAUGCCUCCAUUACGAACUCACCAGGUUGGAGGCCAUCAUUUCGGUAUUACAGCAAGUGGGCAGCUCUGUUUGGUGCCGUUGUGUCUGUAGUCAUUAUGUUUUUGCUGACCUGGUGGGCAGCCCUCAUUGCCAUUGGAAUUGUGGUUUUCUUGCUGGGAUAUGUUCUCUACAAGAAGCCUGAGGUAAACUGGGGCUCCUCAGUCCAGGCAGGUUCCUACAACAUGGCCCUUAACUAUUCUGUAGGACUCAACGAGGUUGAUGAGCACAUUAAAAAUUACAGGCCUCAAUGCUUGGUCCUCACUGGCCCUCCCAGUUUCCGGCCAGCACUCGUGGAUUUUGUGGGCACCUUCACCAAAAACCUGAGCCUGAUGAUCUGUGGGAAUGUGUUAAUUGGGCCGUGGAAACAGAAGUUGUCUGAGCUCAGGCUCACAUCGAGGGGCCAUACCAAUUGGCUCACCAAGAGAAAGAUCAAGGCUUUCUAUACUGAUGUCUUAGCUGAGGACUUGAGAACCGGCGCACAGAUACUCAUGCAGGCCACCGGUCUUGGGAAAAUGAGACCCAAUGUCUUAGUACUUGGAUACAAGAAGAAUUGGCAGGAGGCGCAUCCCCAGACAGUGGAGGACUACAUUGGGAUUCUGCAUGAUGCUUUUGACUUCAAGUAUGGUGUGUGCAUGAUGAGGAUGAAAGAAGGGCUAAAUAUUUCCAGAUGGAUGCAAGCUCAUAUGGAUCCUGAUGCUCUGGUAGCAGAACAGCAGGCAAGCACGAUUUUCCAGGUGGAGCAGGGCAAGAAAACCAUCGACAUCUACUGGCUAUUUGACGACGGAGGUCUGACUCUCUUGAUCCCGUACCUGCUUGGCCGCAAGAAGAGGUGGGGGAAAUGCAAGAUCCGGGUGUUUGUUGGUGGACAGAUCAACAGGAUGGAUGAUGAGAGGAAAGCGAUAAUUUCCCUGUUAAGCAAGUUCCGACUUGGAUUCCAUGAGGUGCACAUCCUUCCAGAUAUCAAUCAGAAACCUCGACCUGAACACGUGAAGAGAUUUGAUGACUUAAUCGCCCCAUUCAGACUUCACGAUGGCUUCAAAGACGAGGCAGUGGUGAAUGAGAUGAGACACGACUGUCCAUGGAAGAUUUCUGAUGAGGAGGUCACCAAAAACAAAGCUAAGUCCCUUCGGCAAGUAAGGAUGAAUGAGAUCUUGCUGGAUUACUCGCGGGAUGCAGCCCUCAUAUUCAUAACCCUGCCAGUAGGCAGAAAGGGGAGAUGUCCCAGUAGCCUCUAUAUGGCCUGGCUGGAAACCCUGUCACAAGAUCUGAGACCUCCUGUCAUCUUGGCCCGAGGCAAUCAAGAAAACGUCUUGACAUUUUACUGCCAGUAA